GAUUUGGAAAUGGAAGAUUGCGGAAUAUUUGCUAAUAGAAAUUUGGAAGGAUGGAAAAUCAAUCGCGAAUUCUUCAUAAAAAUGGCAAUGUCAAAAAAAUUUUUAAAAAUGCUUACCGAAAAAACAUAUGAAAAGGCUACAGAUAUGUUUAAAUUAUGGGAUAUCAUGAUACAUGACAAACGAGAUGUUGAUUUGUCUAAAUGGCUUGAAACGUUUGCUGCAGUCUCAACAUCAACUGGAAUAUCUACUUACUCAAUGAUUUCUUAUUUCAAUUCACUGGGAUAUAAAUAUAAUCUCGAUGAUAUCCCAAUUUCAGAACGAGAACAAUCUUCGAAAUUGAUUUCUCUUAUUAAUUCAUUUUUUAAAUUAGACUAUGUUUUAAGUGCUAUAAAGCAGUUGAAAGACUUUUUAAUAGAGUUAAUUCAAAGAAGACGUGUGGAAAUCAAUUUAUUAUCCAACUAUGCUUUACUGCCGUCUGACUUUUUAACAUUGCUCCUUACCGCCAACACACCACGAGAUCUAGAAUAUACUUCAUAUAAGUCAUUAAACCGACCGUUAAAUGAUCAUGAAAUUUUUGCUGCUAUUAGAGACAUUUUCUUGGGUUCCAUUGAAUCAGUAAUUAAUUAUUUAAUAUAA